CAACAAACUUGAAAAACACAACCUGAUUUCAUUCUUGUUAUAGAAAACAAAAACAAAAGCUACAUUCUUCUUCUACGUACAUUAUACCUGAAAUUCAUCAAUGGCUUCAAACAAACCAAGACAUGUUGAAGAAAUUCACAAAACUAUAGAGACUGAUCUAAGUCCUAAUGCAACUCAACAACAGCGUGAUGAGGAGAAACCUGGUGUCAUUGGUUCCGUGGUGCAGUCCGUGAAAAACACUUUUGAGAAUGCAAAAGAAGCUGUGAUUGGCAAGGGAAGCCCUACAGAUUCCCACCCUACAACACAAGAAGUCCGUGUUUACGACGACGACAAAGAUUUAGUCUCUGGUGAAGUUAGGGACAUAUCAGCCAACAAGUCCCGGGGUAUCUAUGAUUCUGCUUAUGACAAAGCCAAGGAGUGCAAGGACACAACAGGUUCCAAAGCUGGUGAGUACACAGAUGCUGCAGCUCAAAAAGCAAAGGAAACAAAAGAUGCUGCAGCACAAAAAGCAAAGGAAACAAAAGAUGCAACCAAGGAAAAGACUAACGAGUAUGCAGAUUAUGCAGCACAGAAGGCCAAGGAAACAAAGGACGCAACGAAGGAAAAGACUAAUGAGUAUGCAGAUUCUGCAGCUCAAAAAGCAAAGGAAACAAAGGAUGCAACGAAGGAAAAGACUAAUGAGUAUGCAGAUUAUGCAGGAGAGAAAGCGAAGGAAGCUAAGGAUAAAGCUGUGGAGUACAAAGACUAUGCUGCUGAGAAGGCGAAGGAAGGGAAAGAUGCUACAUUGAAUAAGCUGGGCGAGUAUAAGGACUAUGCAGCUGAGAAAGCGAAAGAAGGGAAAGACACGGCUGCUGAUGCAGCCAAAAAUGCUGUGGAUUACUUGGGUGACAAGAAAGAGGCUGCUAAGCAGAAAACGGCAGAGACUGCUGAAGCUGCUAAGCAAAAAACAGCUGAAACUGCUGAGGCUGCUAAGCAGAAAACUGCAGAGACUACAGAAGCUGCUAAACAGAAAACAUCUGAGGCAAAAGACAAGACCAAGGAGAAACUGAAUGAAGCAGAUGAAGAGGCAAGGAGGAAAACGGAAGGGGGGAAUGUUGGAGAUAAAGGUUUCAGAGAGGAAACAUGGAGGCGUGGGAAUGAGGGUGUGAUCAGAACUGAAGACACCAGAACAGGAGCGGUGGCGGAGAGGCUGAAAGCGGCGGAUCAGAUGACCGGACAGACAUUCAAUGAUGUUGGAGCCAUGGAUGAUGAAGGAGUUACUCGUGUGGGUCUUCUUGAUAUUAAAAAGAAGUGAACAGAUAGUAAAUCCUGAUAUAUGAAUGAUGUUAUGUAAUGAUAUGCAGACAAAAUACUAUUAUGUUUUCUUUUAUCUUCAAAUAUGUAUCUAGUGUUUUGAUAUGAAGUGUAUGAAAUAUGUACAAAAAUAAAUUGUGUGUUUGGAAUAUGAAUAGAAGUAUUAUAUAAUUGAAGGUUU